AUGGCUGUUCCAGCGCCGGAUUAUGGGCAUGAGCUGCCCACAGGGAGAGAUGCACCUGAUCCCCUCGAACAGAGCGCGUACAUGACCUCCCGAUCACCGACACCACAGCUUCAAACCGCCGAGCUGGCACAGGCUCUACCGCCCGUGAUGGUGCAGCAGAAGCCGAGUAUGUCAGGCAGUUCUCGACGGAGCGGAACGUCCUCUCUGCAUCCAACGUCGGAGUUGGAGGAGGAAGACAAUCCGUAUAUGGUGACGAAAAGCCUGGCGCGAAGAGCAACCCUUCUCGGCUGGUUCGAUCAUUCCAAUCCCAAUCCGGCAGAGAACUCCUCCUCAGUCUGCGUGGCCGUCAAACUGCCAGACGACGCGUACGCCUUCCAUCCCGCCGUUAUCAAUCCCAGUCUUGCAAAGGCUAUCAAAAGACUGGACGAAACCGCUGUCGUGGCACUCUCCUCUCGCGUCACCGCCAGGACCAUCGCGACGAUCGCCCCGGACCAGAAGAGCUUCGUCGUGGAGAGCACGAGCGCGCGGGUUCCUGUCAUUCCUACCCUCGACGAUGUGGACGUGAACCUGACACAUUACUCCCGCGCAUGCAUCGUCCUAGAUGAGAAGAUCGUUCUGGUCUGGUCGCAUGAUGCGAGUGGGCUGCUUAACGUAGCGCAUGAUGUCGAGAUGCAGCUCGGUGGACAGGUGAGUAUCUAUCUAUCUACUUACGCCAACGGCUGCAAGUUAUCUGACCGGCUUGCCUCAAAGAGCCCUAGGAUAUCGAAUUUCACCACCCCGAGGGUAUCCGGCCGGUCAACCCCCCUCGGAUCCCUCCCGUCAGACGAGCUGCAGAACCCGGCCAUCGCGUCGCCUCCCGUGCGUGGUGCGCUGGACGAGAAACAGGAUAUAUACAGCAAGGCGGUGGCGCUGGAGGAGGGGGAGGACGACGGCGCCCCGGACCUAGAGCAGAAUGUUGCCCCGAGACCGGCGCUGCGGAUGCAUGCGAUCAAGAUCAGUCUGGCGAUUAUGCUGGUUAUCUUGACGCAGGCGCUGGGGGUGGCGAGGCUGCUGAAUGAGUACCAGUGGGAUGGAGGAUACACACGGUUUGGGCUGGUUGCCACCAUCCCACCGCUCGCUCUGUUCUCGCUGUUCUUCUUCAUCGUGUUGGUCACCAGUGUCUUCCAGCUCUUCCUCCCCGCGGGCUUCUGUCUGAAGAACUCCAAGUAUCACUCUGCCGUCAAGCCCAACCCAAAAGCUCAUCGGGACUACGAGCUGCCCCAUAUCACAAUCCAGAUGCCUGUCUACAAGGAAGGCCUGAAAGGUGUCAUCGUUCCAACAAUGAUGAGCGUCCUCACCGCAGUCCAAUACUACGAAGAACAAGGCGGGACCGCCUCCGUCUUCGUCAACGACGACGGCAUGCAAGUGAUCCAGCCUGAACUGGCCGAAGCGAGAAAACAAUACUACCGCGAAAACGGGAUCGGGUACACUGCCCGGCCUCCCAACAAAAAAACAGCAGUCAAGAAGAGUGGCUGGGCCUUUGGACUCUUUCGGAAGGACAAAAUCGUGCCAGCCAUAGAAGAAAAUCCUCAAGGGGGAGAAGAGCGCGGUCCCCCUACGCCGCAGGAAAUGGCGAAUAAGAUCGGGUUCGAGCGCAAGGGUAAGUUCAAGAAGGCGAGUAAUAUGAACUACGGAUUGGAGUUCUCGAUUCGCGUUGAGGAUGAACUGGCUCGUCUGAUGCAAGAGGAGGCCGAGCGACGGGGAUGUACGGUUGACGAGUUGACGGUGGACGACGAUGAGCGACUCUAUCAACAGGCGCUGGAUAAUAUGCUUGCCGCUGAUGAGGGCCGUACUUGGGCCGAAGGGAACAUUCGUAUCGGGGAGUUGAUCUUGCUGAUCGACUGUGAUACUCGUGUGCCGGUGGACUGCCUUCUCUACGGCGCCCUGGAGAUGCACGAGAGCCCUGAAGUGGCCAUUCUGCAGCACGGAUCUGGCGUUAUGCAGGUCGUCCAUAAUCUGUUUGAGAAUGGCAUUACGUACUUUACCAACGUCGUCUACACAGCCAUCAAAUACGGCGUCGGCUCGGGCGACGUGUCUCCGUUCGUCGGCCACAAUGCAUUCCUCCGGUGGAAAGCACUGCAAAGCAUCCAGUUCGUCGAUCCCUCCGACGGGCUGACGAAGUGGUGGUCUGACGCACACGUCUCGGAGGACUUUGAUAUCAGUCUCCGGCUGCAGAUGCAGGGGAUGGUGGUGAGGCUGGCGACAUACCACAACGGGGAGUUCAAGGAAGGGGUGUCACUCACGCUGUACGAUGAGUUGACGCGGUGGGAGAAGUAUGCCUACGGGUGUAACGAGCUGGUGUUCCAUCCUUUCUACCAAUGGUUCUACAAGGGACCCGUGACCCGGCUGUUCCUGCGGUUCCUCUGGAGCAACAUGCCAGUGACGUCCAAGGUGACCAUCGUGGCGUACAUCUUCACCUACUACGCCAUCGGCUCGGGCAUGCUCCUCGCCACGGUAAACUACAUCCUCCUCGGCCUCUUCGACUCGGACAUCGACCACCUCUACCUCCCCUCCUGGGGCAUCUGGUGCUCGCUCGUCGUCGUCUUCAACGGGUUCUCCUCCAUCGCCUUUAGCAUGGUCCGCCACCAGCUCAAGGAGGAGACCUUCUGGCGCGCCCUCCUCGACGCAGUCAAGUGGCUCCCCUUCCUGAUCAUCUACUUUGGCGGGAUCAGCCUGAACUGCGCCAAGGCGAUUAUCUGCCAUGCGUUCAGCAUUAAUCUCGAAUGGGCGUCGACAGCCAAGGAGAUGGGGCCGACGGGGUUCUACAUCGGGAUGGACAAGAUGGUGAGGCGGUUCAAGUGGACGUGGGCGAUUUGUUUGGUCCUUGCGGGAGUGAUGAUUUACUUUGCGGUUGGGGCGCCGUGGGGAUGGACGAUUACGCCGGGGCCCUAUUCGACGGCGAAUGUGGCGAUUGCGCCGUUGGCUAUCCAGAUCUGCUCGGCGAGUUUUCUUCCGUUCUUUUUGGGAUUGAACUGA